AUGCCGGAAUACAUGAGAAGAUAUACUACCGAUCACAGUACGAGUAGUAGAGAUGCACGUCAAAGUGAUGACUCCUCUCGAGAAUCCCAAAGCACAGCACCUACCUCUAUCUACAGCAGUCCUCGACCAUCAAUCCAUCAAUAUCACACCGACCGACCUAUUCUUUACCAGAAGAAUAGUAUAGAUUUAUCUCCUGAUGACAUAUCUCCUGCUGCAACACAUUAUCCUCGAUCAUCCCAAGAAACAUAUGCCUCAACUUCUGCUUCUCAGGAAGAUCUCUUUGAAGAGCCCGAGAGUUAUGAUCCCGAGUAUGAAGUACCGGAAUAUAAAGAAGUGGUGGAAAAUCACCUGAGACCAUCCACUGCUCAAGAUUUCGCCCGGUUCUUUCCCUCAACCAAACGCUUAUACAUUCGUCAUGACGAUACUUCCUAUGAUGGAAACAUGAAUCUUCGCGUCGACACCGGAGUUGGACAUGGAGAAGAAAAAGAAGUCAUUCAACUCUUUCAUCUACGAAUGCAUGAUCUCAAGAACCGAGAAUUCAGUCUCCGUCGCUACGAGCGCUCAAGUGGUCGAGAAGUAUGCCACUCGAGGAGAAAAUACGCCAAACCCGCCACGGAAAGAAGACCUUCCACAUUAACCCGUUCCGUCAGUAACGCCUUUGCGAGUAUUCGCAAACCAGCUCUCUCACGAACCAACUCUACUUCUUCCCAUACCCCCAAGUCCAUGGGAGGAAUCAUGAGACACGAUAGCGGCUAUGCAUCCAACUCGGAAUCCGACGACGACAUCGAAGCAUUCAUGGCGUCGAAAAGAGCAGCCGCCGCAUCCAUGAUCCCCACCAACACCACCAAACUCGAAUUCUCCAACUACGCCCAAGUAGACGUCAAGCGACGCGGAGCCAAAUCUUCCAAACGAUAUGAAUUUGAAUAUUGGGGUCACUCAUAUUCAUGGAAGAGGAUUACGGAAAAAGACGGAGAAGGGAAAGCUAUUUCCUAUCAUCUAUUCAAAGGGGAUUCCGGAGCGGCUGUUGCGCAUAUUGUGCCAGAAUUAAGAUCGCCGGCACAGAUGCGAGAGGAGGAAUUGGUGGGGGGUUGGGUUCCGCCGUGUCAAAUGUGGAUUAGUGAUCGGAGUGUUUUGACAGCUGUUACGGAUGUUGCUGACAUAAUCAUAUCCACGGGCCUCAUAGCCCUCGUCGACGACAGCAUCAAACGACAUUUCCACCCCAAACCCCACUCCAAUUCCCAUUCCCAUUCCCAUUCCCAUUCCCAUUCCCAUUCCAAUUCGCAUUCCAAUUCCAAUCAACAUACCCAACACGCGCCCCGCACUCCUCUUAAAAUAAAUACGGACAAGGAAUUCGUGGGUCCGCGCGCAAUAGUCGAACAUAUGUUUAAGAGUAAUAAGAGCCGAUAUUCGGGCGGUGAGAGUAAAUUUGAGAGUAAAUCGGUGGAGGAGGAGAGGGAGAGGGAGAGAAAGAAGUGUUCGCCGUUGAGAUAUGCGGUGCCGGUGGGGGGGAAUGGGAGUGAAAGUGGGAAUGGGAGGAGUUGA